AUGCCCUCCGCUGGCUCUGGGCCCCCCGGUCCCUCGGGACCUGCAGCCCCUCCCCCUCCUCUCCCCGUCCACGCGGGCAGCCGUCGCCGCGCGCCCCCGAGGCCCCUUGGGCCUGGAGAACCCCUGGGGCCCGGACCCCUCGCGCCCCACGGCGAGGUGCGCAGCAGCCAGGGCGCGGCGCGGGGAGGCCCUUCCAGGGACAGCGUCUCCCUCCAGUACAGCCCGCGGGCCCCGGGGAUUCCCCGCCCCCGGAAACCGCGGAGGAACCAGGCCCGGAAUUGCCGGGAGGGAGGCAGGGCCGCCAGGCUCGCUCGGAGCCGGAGCGCCGGGCCCGGGGGUGGGAGUCCCCGCCAGGCCGGGGGAGCGGCACGGCGGACACAGAGGUCCGCGGGCGGCGCCCAGGUGAGCCGGCGGCCGCGCGCCCGCGCCGAGAUUUCCGGCCGCGAGCUCCGGGCGUGCGAAUCGGCGAAUCGCGGCUUCAAUCAGCGCGCUCUGGCCCUGCGUGCGCGGACCUGCUGCUCGGCGGAGCUGCCGCUGCCGCUGCUGCUGGUGCUGCUGCGGCUGCUUCCCGGCGCCGCACCUGGGCGCUGCGCGGAGUCGGGGGCGCCCGCCAGCCCUGUCUCACGACGCCUUGAACUUGAUACGGCGCCGAGCAGGAGAGAUCAGAACUCGCUCAGCUGGACAAGUGAUCAAAAGAGUCGGCAGUGGGGACCCAGCCAGCUGCUUUGCAAGAGAGAAGAUCCGGAGUUGGUUCCCAUCUGGAUUUCACCCUCGGAGACGUUCUCCGUCCUCCAAGGUGUUUCGGAAAAAAAAAUUGGGAUAGUAGCUUUUUGGUUAAAAUUUAAAUCUGUUCCCCGCACCGACCUCGCGCCACGGCGGCCGGCCCGGGGCGGGGGACUUGGGGCCCACCCUGCGCCGGACGCGGGCCGGGGUGACGGGGCAGGAUCGGGGAGGAGCUCGAGCCGCUCAGCCCGGCUGCCCUGCCCGUGUCACCCGGACGACCUCGCACACAGCCCCGGGCUGUCCACCACGUCGAGCAAAAAGGCCAAGACCAAGACCACCAAGAAGCGCCCUCAGCGCGCAACAUCCAACGUGUUUGCCAUGUUUGAUCAGUCCCAGAUUCAGGAGUUCAAAGAGGCCUUCAACAUGAUUGACCAGAACAGAGAUGGCUUCAUUGACAAGGAAGACUUGCAUAAUAUGCUGGCCUCUCUAGGGAAGAACCCGACGGAUGCGUACCUGGAAGCCAUGAUGAAUGAGGCUCCAGGGCCCAUCAACUUCACCAUGCUCCUCACGAUGUUUGGGGAGAAGCUCAAUGGGACAGAUCCAGAGGAUGUCAUCAGAAAUGCUUUUGCCUGCUUUGAUGAAGAAGCAACGGGCACCAUUCAGGAAGACUAUCUGAGAGAGCUGCUGACCACCAUGGGGGACCGCUUUACGGACGAGGAAGUGGACGAGCUCUACAGAGAAGCUCCGAUCGACAAAAAGGGGAAUUUCAAUUACAUCGAGUUCACACACAUCCUGAAACAUGGAGCAAAAGACAAGGAUGACUGA